AUGUCCUCUCCAGGUGCUAGAACUAUCAUGCUGCAGUCAGCAACUCUGGGACAGGCAAUUAAUAAAACAGAGAAGAUAAAUGAACCAUGCUACGAAGAAGUCCAGGAUUUCUAUACAUCUGACCUCAAGAAGCCUAUGCUGAAGGAAGUGAAUGCUUGGCCACAGGCUGGAAAGAGCAGCAGCAGCUCUGGAGUUUCUUAUCCUUGCCCACAUAUGUGUGUUUGCCUCUCCUUGCUGUGCCUGACUCUGCUGGGACACCCUCAGUGUCUGGAUUAUGGACUGCCUUUCCAGCCCCCUUUGCCCUUGGAGUUGUGCUCUACCUAUGAAAACUUAGGCUGCUGUGACCAGGAGAGAGACAACAGCAUUGCAGCAAAAUACUGGGACAUCAUGGAUUACAUGGAUUCCCAGGGAAGUAAACUACAUGGAACAAGCAUCAAAGAUAUCCUGUGUCAGUAUGGUGAAAAGCCCCUGGGUACUGCUGUGAGCAAAGAGAACUACCUGCUUGUGAAGUUUGGAAUCAGAAUCUCCAUAUUAAGUGAACUGUAUUUUAUGUCUACUUCUUAUCCCAGUGCCUAUGCACCACAUGGAUUGCUCUACAAGCUCAUUGAUCCUGCAAGGAGAGCUCCACCAGGGAAGUGUAAACACAAUCCUGUUCCAGUGAAAACAAAGAGCAAGCGGAUACCAUUUGUUCCACGUGCAAAGACUGUCCUUGAGCUGCUAAAUGAACCUUCAACAACCGUGCCUCCAAAAUCUUCUAUCCUCACUGCAGCCACACCAAGAGAUUCUUCUAAGAAAGCAAAAAAGACCCCAUCCAUCAAAAUAAAAGAAUCAAAGCGAAAACAGCUCCAUCUGGUAAAGAGAGUCAAAGCUGAGGCUAAACCUCAUAAGGGAAAGAAGAUUGGACAGAAUUCCAGAACUGCACCAGCACCACCUUUGCCAAAAAAGAAGAGCUCCCACCUAACCAGAACUGAGGAGUUUCUUCCGAAGAAACCAGCACUAGCUAAGGGAAAAGUGGAGAAGGAAGAAGCAGUUUUUGAAGCUCAGUGAUGUCCCAGAAAAAGCAAGUAGCCUAUAAAAUGGUGAAACAAGUGUU